AUGUUGUCAAUAAAUCACAUACCGCCUGAAAUAUUAGAUAAAAUCUUGAAAUGUCUCUCCUAUCCAGAGCUAAGCUCAUGUGCUAAUGUUUGUCAACGUUGGAAUUCAAUCAUUACCAAGUCUUCACUGCUUUCAUUCGAUAUUGCGAAAGACAUUGAAAUAUCAGAUCGUAGUUUAACAUUUCAUUUUGUUCCAAAUUUAACUGCUAUUUGCCUUCUUCUGAAACGUGAUCGGGAUGCAUUUGAAAUGGCUCAAAAAUUUAUUCAAUUACAAGGUAAAACGUUAGAAAAAGUAAUUCUAGACUCAUCUCCCAAUGUUCAUCAUGAUUGA